AGUAACGAGGAAGCAGGAUGCCUGAACCCGCCAAGUCUGCGCCCAAGAAGGGCUCCAAGAAAGCGGUGACGAAGACCACUGGAAAGGGAGGCAAGAAGAAGAGGAAGACCAGGAAGGAGAGCUACGCCAUCUACGUGUACAAGGUGCUGAAGCAGGUCCACCCCGACACCGGCAUCUCAUCCAAGGCCAUGAGCAUCAUGAACUCGUUCGUCAACGACAUCUUCGAGCGUAUCGCUUCGGAGGCCUCCCGCCUUGCUCACUACAACAAGCGCUCCACCAUCACCUCCAGGGAGAUCCAGACCGCCGUCCGCCUUCUGCUUCCCGGGGAGCUGGCCAAGCACGCCGUGUCCGAGGGCACCAAGGCCGUCACCAAAUACACCAGCUCCAAGUAACUCGUCUGCUCUCAGCCCACAACACAACGGCUCUUCUAAGAGCCACACACUAUACAACAAGAGCUCAUU